UGAGAGGUCUGGAGGGUGCAAAUCAACACCCCAAGUGCAAAGUGUGGGGGGAGGUUAAAGGCAUACCUGCUAGUUCUUUAACUGAUACCUGACACCAAGCAUCCAACUGAGAGCAACAGGCUGGCUAAAGGAGUCAGAGCAGAGAGAACUGUGGUGUGGGGGCAGAGGGCCAGCAAACACAACAGUUAUCCCUGCCCAGCAGGCCGGUGAGGGCCUCUCAGUCUGUCCUGACAUCUUUCUCUUAAUCCCCAAGGCCUUGGCCAUGACAGACAGGGAGGCUGAGAGUCUCGGGGGACUGGGGGUUCCACAAAACCUUAGGAGCAGGACAGAGGUGCUGGAUAUUUCUGUGCAUAUGUGUAGCCUGUGCUUCAUGUGGGACUGCCAGCUCCUCAGAGUCACGAAGGCUACUGGUUUCCUGCAAAUGUCAUUGAAAGUGGGGCCUCAGAGGCAACCUGCAUUCCCUGUGAGGUUGCAGGAUCACAUGGCUCCUGCCUUCCUCGAGGCACCAGGAAGAUGCUCGGGAAGUGUCUGCUGAGCUGCCAGGACUGUGGUUCCCUCAGUCCAUCUGUCAUUCCUUCAGCACGUUUGUUGAGUGCAUAUGCCAGCACGGGGCUGGGGACAAGCAGACAUGUCCCCUCCUCCAGGAGUCAGGGGGAUGCAGGAAGGCACCUGCCAGGACCAAACACCUGCCCUUAAGAGUGAGAGAAAGAAGAGCCUUUCCUCACAUUUGGAAGGGCCUCGCCCUUAGACCAUCCCAGUCCUUUCCCAAGGAGCUUACACCUCUCCCCAUAAAGAGACCAAUGCGAUCAGAAGACAACAUGAGUCUCAUCUAACUUCAAACUUGAUACAUUCUGUGAUGCAUUAUGAGCUUAUGUUGUUUGCAAGUUUGUGAUUAUCUUAGGAAUAGCACAAUUACAUUACAAUGUAUUGAGGUAAAAAUGAUAAACUGUUCAUGUAAAUAUUUAAAAUAUAUUAACUUUGUAAAAUCACUCAUUUUGGCUUUCCUUGUUUUUUAAUAUAAAUAGGAAUCUUAUCCCCCAAAAUAGGGUGUGGUGCAGACCUCCCUCCACCUAUAAAAGGCCUUGUUUGAGAGGCCUGAGAGAGCACAGAUCUUUCUAGAACCUGAACAGUAGGGUUCACAGAAAGGAUUGAAGGCCAGGCUUGGGGUUAGACUGGCUGACAUUUAGACCCUUUCAAACUUGCAAGGCUUUGAUCCUAAGCUGAGGACAAAGAAUUGGGUGGAGUGCAAGUUUCCAAUUGGGCUUCUCCUCUUUGUCUUUGUCCCCACCAGGCAGUCCCUUUUUGAUCGAGGACCCAGAAUUUGAACAAUUGUUGUUAUGGACAGAUCAGAAAAAAAUCAGUGUAAACAGCAAUACCUAAGUAACAUGAACUUUACACCAGGCCAUCUUCUACAUGCUUUGUGUGCUUUAUCUCACCUGCACAACAUUGUUCUGUGAUUAUCCCCGAAACAAGCUAGAAGAGGUGAAUAUUUUCUUGCCCAAGGUUAUCCAGCUUGUAAGUACACAGCCAGGGAUUCAAAUCUAGGUGGUGUGGUUUCAGAGCUUACCUGUGGUACAGGAGAUUUAGCACUGGAAGUUCAAGUCCCAGCUCUGCCUUAUUUGCCCUGUGUCCUUGGGCGAGUCUACUGACCCUCUCCAAGACAGUUUCUUAAACUGCAGACUGGAGUUCGUGAUGCAGGGAUUUUAAAGGUGAAAAGUAACAGGAGAUAUAGAAGAGCGUUAGCCCACAAAGCAUGCAGCGGAUAUACAGUAUGGUUAUGAAAAAUCUCCUUUUUAACUGUUAAAGCAUGUUGAAACACUCCAACAAAAGAGAAAAUUAAAACAGAAAGUGCUGUCUCCUCGCCACUUUUGCUUGUGAAGCCAGAGUUCCUCCUGGUGCCUGGGAGCUGAUGGGGAGGGCUCAGGAGGGGGAGAGUCUACGGACAAUCUGAAACACUGCUCACCUUCUCACACAAACACCGUCUGGGCGGCUCACUGUGCAAGCUAGGGCGCGGAAGAAUGGAAACUUUUGCCACCAACAGUAUUUGCUAGCAACUUCCCUCUCUGCGGUUUUCUUCUGUCAUUCCCUUGAUAAAAGAACUCGAGCUGCGCAAAUGUAACCAACAUUCACGAAUCUCCCCUUCACAUAAAAACACCCGCCUUUCAAGAAGCAAGCCGCCUGAAAACAUGAGACAUGAUGCGCUCUAAACUGGGUCAUUCUCUACCCAGAGGACUCAGGGCUUGGUUGACUUUCCAUGUGCGUCUCUUAUGCCGUAGGCGUCAAGCCACUCGAACCGCCCGGGGAGCGAGAGAAAUGGGAAACAGCAUGAAAUCCACCCCGGCCCCUCCCGAGAGGCCUCUGCCCUGUCCUGAUGGGCUGGAAAGCGACUUCCUCGCUGUGUUGAGUGACUACCCGUCUCCUGACAUCAGCCCACCGAUAUUCCGCCGAGGGGAGAAACUGCGCGUGCUUUCUGAUGAAGGGGGCUGGUGGAAAGCCAUUUCCCUUAGCACUGGUCGAGAGAGUUAUAUUCCUGGAAUAUGUGUGGCCAGAGUUUACCAUGGCUGGCUGUUCGAAGGGCUGGGGAGAGACAAGGCCGAGGAGCUGCUGCAGCUGCCAGACACGAAGGUUGGCUCCUUCAUGAUCAGAGAGAGUGAAACGAAGAAAGGAUUUUACUCGCUGUCGGUGAGACACAGGCAGGUGAAGCAUUACCGCAUCUUCCGCCUGCCCAACAACUGGUACUACAUUUCCCCGAGGCUCACCUUCCAGUGCCUGGAGGACCUGGUGAAUCACUAUUCUGAGGAGGCAGAUGGCCUCUGCUGCGUGCUCACCACACCCUGCCUGACGCAGAGCACGGCCGCCCCCGCAGCACAGGCCCCCGGCUCGCCCGUCACCUUGCGGCAGAAGUCACUCGACUGGAAAAGAGUGCACAGGCUGCAGGAGGACCCUGAGGGAGCAGAGAACCCACUCGGGGUGGACGAGUCCCUUUUCAGUUACGGCCUUCGGGAAAGCAUCGCCUCGUACCUGUCCCUGACUGGGGACGAGAACACCUCGUUUGAGCGAAAGAAGAAAAGCCUCUCCCUGAUGUACAGUGGGAGCAAGAGGAAGAGCUCCUUCUUCUCAUCACCUCCGUACUUUGAAGACUAGCCAGAGAACAGACACCCUGUCGUGUGCCCAAAAGGAACAGGGGUUCGAACUCUCACCUGGAACCUGCUGAGAAGCAGGAUUCCCUGGAGAACCUCACGUCUUCUAGAAGCCAAGAGAAGCCACAUGGAAGUUCAACCUGCAUCUUCUCUCUCCACAUCAUGACAAAGGGGAACCCCUUCCAGUGUCUGAUCAGUGCUGUGAAAUGCUGCGUUAUGACUUGCCUGGGGAACAUUUCAGAGGAACCCUACCUCUGUGUGUGUGCAUCUCGUGUACAAAAUGACAGAGACACUUUCUCUUGUCAAAAAAAAAAAAUGCACAAAGACCGUCUCCAACAAACUGUCCAGAUGGUCCCACUCUGAGGUCAUUAGAGACAACUUCUUCUGAGAAAAGCCUGAGAGGAAGAUGUCCCACAACCUCGGGCCUGUCAGAAGAGCUGGGUUUGCAAAUUGGUCCCCUGAGUUGGACUUUUUCUGACAAUCCAUAAGGAGAUCUUUGGCAUGCAUCUCUUUCUCUUUUUAUGGGAACUUGGUGACACUACAUGCUAGUGCUCUUAUUCAACCUGAAUCAGGGGACACCAAAGGCAGAUGUGCAGAAGGAAAGGGUAUCCCUAAUUCUGAAGAGGGCAAAGUAAGUGUGAGAGGGUGAGAUUCCUGGGGGGAAAAGCAAGAGAGCUUUUGCAAUACCCCUUGCCAGGGCUCUACAGCCCAAAAGAAGCUCCUCUGGGUUGCUGAGAUUCUUGCUUAUAUUAAUGCACAAAUUAUUCAUUCAUAAUUGCCUGAAGAAGCACUGUGUUGAGUUCUGUGUACAAUAUCAGGACAAAAAAAUAAAAAAGAUGAAUUAGCCCCAGCUCCCAGCAGAGGUGUUUGCAGUGUAGACAAGAGAAAGCGGUGUGUCACCGAGAGCCCAGGGUCCAAGAGGAGAAAUUGCCUCCCAGAUUAGGAUGGGACCAGGGACAGAAGAGUGUGAUCCAAGAGCUCAGGUUUCAGCUGGAUCCGCAGAGCGUACAAGGGUCGGCUGGAUCGAGGGGAUGCGAACGGUUGGAUCUUUUGAAAAAGGAAAUUGAUAAGUUCUAAAGAAUUAAUCCACGCAGGAUUUUAUUCUAAGAGGGACUGGCAUGCAUAUGAAUAAAAAUGCUGAGCUCCAGGAAAGAUGGGGAGGCAGACUGGCUUAAUUCUGUCAUGUAUAAUUUUAAGAGACAAGAGAGGAAACACAGCGAAGAGCCAGAGAAGCAGAAAUCCUCCAACUCCAGGCUGCCCACGUGGAUCCAUUUAGGAAGGGGCCUGCCGAUUCACCCAUGACUCACUUCUCCCUGUUUCAAAGGGAUUGGGGGAGGGGCCUACGGCAUCCCUCCUGCCUGGUGUGAGAAGUCUGUCUGUUCACCAUAAGCAUUCUCUGGAUGUGAGAUCACCGUGCUAGUAACACGCAUAUAUGCAAUCAUUGGUUGUCUUCAUCAUCAGAUCCCAGUGUGUUUAAACAAGAAGACAUUUGUGGUUUCCUUCACAAUCCACCCAGGCCAUUUCACAGGGGCCAGCCAAUGUACAAGUAACAAAUGUAACGCUGUGGGCGGGGACCCCACCAUAAGGCAGGGCAACCUGGUGAGCUACAGAUGUGUGUACAGUGUCCUAUGCAUUGUUUUAAGUUGUUGAUAAUGUGCUUUGGGGAGCACUGUGAGGGGUUUCUACGCGGGAAGCAUUACACAUUGCUAAAUCAUGUAUUUAUUCCUGAUUAAAAUAAACUAAUAAAUAUUUAA